AUGGGUAAUGGUGCUAAGGCUCAGCAGAAGAGAGAGCGCAAUGCCGAGAAAGGAGCUGCAAAAGGCUCGAAAAGCCAAAGCAAGGUGAACGAGGCUGCCAAGUCCAUCAUUUGCUCUACGUGCAGGCAAUCAUUUUUUAUCACCACCCGCGCACCAGCAUUGGAGGAGCAUGCGCAGAACAAGCACUCCAAGACGAUGGCUGACUGCUUCCCAGGCGUUAAAGCUUAG